CUGACAGGGGCAUGAGGUGCACUUUGCUUCAACUAACCAGUCUCACCGCUCGCUUUUGCUUGAACAAGUCAGGAUAAUACUUGAUAUUCAGUCACGACAUCCGAGAAUUUCCUACCUCGUCAGCCUGCACUUUCCCAAAUCACCAUCGACUUACAGAAUGGCAGUCAUUCAUAUCGUCUUAUUCAAAUUUAAACCUGAUGUCUCUCAGGAACACAAAAGCAAAUUCAUUUCCGAGUUGCAGAAGCUCAAGUCCCUGCCAUGCGUUGAAAACGCACAGCUAACAGUUGGUGGCCCGUCGGUCACCAAUCCCAUUGAGCGAAGCAAAGGCUAUGAAUUUGCAUUGGUCAGCCGCCACCGAGAUCUUGCGGCCUUGGCCGAGUAUCAAGCUUCGAAGGAGCAUCACGAUGUUACCAGCAAGUUAUUGUGGCCGUUCAAGGAGGAUGUUACGCGUUUUGACUUUGAAACUACCGACGACGAGUCGUCAAAAACUCUGCUUAGCUAAAUACGAAUUCGGACUCGGAUUAUUUUACGGGCAUGAUUUUGGAGUGUUAUUAGAAUACAAUAUUGGACGAACGGCUAACUAGAGGUGUAUUUGUGGUUGAGCGACAGAAGACUUUCUAGAACAUACGCAUUUCUAUGUGGCAACUGUCGGCCAAGGGAGAAAACUAGAAAGCAGUGC